GUCAGUACUCAGUAGUGUUAAAAUCAACUGCAUAAAUUGAAGUAUACCCAUGUUUUAAUUAUCUGCUUCUUGCAUGAUUAACUUAACUAUUUUUGAUCGUUGGAACAGUUAGCUUUUUAAGUGUCUGGAUUUAUAUUUGCAAAUUCUGUGUAAAUGAGUGUUAUGGGCGAUAAAGGUCCAAAUCAGCCGCACCCUUGGCAGUACCCAAUGUACGGAGCAUACAAUCCCUACCAGCAAUUUCAAGCUUACCAGCCUCAGUUUUACAACUAUUACCAUGAGGCAAUGCAGUUUGGUCAACCUGUCAAUCCUAUGAUGCAAGGGCCAUUCAAACAUUUCGCUUCUGGAGGCCAGUUACAACCAUUUAACAAUCAACCAGAGAAAGAAGGAGACAAGGCACCAGAGGCGGAAGGGAAGCAAGAGUUACCUCCCCUACCUCCAGGCCCACCCCCUCCACAGCCAGCCGCACCUGGAACCACUACUUUCUACCCUCCGACCAGCCCUGGUGUUGCUGGUCCUAGUUGCGGGCCUGUUAGGUUCAACAUGACUCGACCAACCAGGCCUCAGUUCAACAACCAGCCAUUUAACAACAGCAACAACAACAACAACAACAACAGUGGUAGCUCCAAGAAGAAAAGGAAGAAGAACAAGAACAAGUUCAACCAAAACCAAAAUCAGAACCAACAGGGGCCGCAGAUGCAAGGCUUUGCUCCUCCUCUGCCAAACCAACAGAUGAUGGGUACUACUGCACCUCCACUACCACCAGGUCCACCACCCAGCUCUCCAAAACCACCCCCAGAUGAAGUGAAGCCUCCCCAGGUAGAUGCCCGACCUCAACAGAACAGACCAGCCAACGUUCUGGCUAAUGGAGCAGAACAGGAGUGGCCCAAAGAGCUGUCGAACUACAUCAACAAAUGCUAUGCCAGGUGUCAAAGUGACGUAGACAAGGAUAGAGUGAGCAUUAUCCUGAAAGGAAAGAUUCUUCGUGCCACCAACGAUGGCACUCUGUGGAUCAAGGACUGGGCCACUGAGCCCCUUCCUCUGCUUGAGAGUGAGAUGGACACAGUGAGUGUUAAACAGAUUUUUAAGCCGAAUGAGCUGGGUGGGACCCAAAAAAAGCGUCUCCCAUUGGCCAGCAGACUGGGUGCUAGAGUGAGGUCAAGGUCACGAUCUAAGUCACCCUCAAGGUCACCACCCAGCAAGAAACAGAAGACACCUCCUUCAGUUCGAGGCAGACGACGCAGAGAUAGAAGUGGAAGUUCGGCGAGUGAAAAUGACUGGACACCUCCACCUAACAAUAAGAAGACUAAGGGCAGAAACAACGAUCAUUUUGGCAAGAAGGGGGUUAAAGGGAAAAACAAGGGAAAAGGACGAGGACACUUUUACUCAGAAUUUGGUGAAAACGAUGUUCCCGUAAGCUCUGAGCUUCUCGAAAAACGAGCGGCAAGAUUUAGUGGGGGCGGGAGCAACAGACGCAACAACAAAAUGAAGUUUAAUACAACUGUUACUGUUACUAACAUCAAUAGUUCUCUGAUGACAUUUGAAGACAUCAACGGGGACUUUGACCUGGAGGAAUGUCAUAUCGUGGGAAUCUGUCAAGACAUUGAGAAGCCAUACUUGCGACUAACUGCUGCCCCGGAAGCAAGUGCUGUAAGGCCUCCCGAGAUUUUGCGUCAGUCUCUGUCUAGAGUCAAGGAACGUUGGGUGAAGGAUCAGGACUACCACUACGCCUGUGAACAGCUUAAAUCCAUAAGACAAGACCUUACGGUCCAGGGUAUCAGAGAUAGGCUGACAGUGAGUGUCUACGAGACACACGCUCGCAUUGCUUUAGAGAAAGGUGACCAUGCAGAGUUCAACCAGUGCCAGUCGCAGUUAAAACUGUUGUAUGACGAGUUGCCAACAGACAACAAGUGCGAGUUUACAGCUUAUAGGAUACUCUACUUCAUAUUUACCAAAGAAAAUAUGGACUUAAACACUGUUAUGACAUCACUGAGUGCAGAUGACUGCCAAGACGAGUGCAUCAGUCAUGCGCUCAACGUGCGCUCCGCCUGGGCGCUUAGUAACUUCCACAAACUGUUUAAGUUGUACCGUGCUUCCCCUCGAAUGUCGUCGUACCUCAUGGAAUGGUUCCUGCCUCGUGAGCGUAAACUGGCGCUCAAAACUGUCAUCAAGGCAUUCAGACAAACUCUACCAGUCUCUUGGCUAACACAGGAGCUGGCCUUCAACUCGGACUCAGAUUGUGUGGAGUUUUUGUCCCAGUUCCCCGUGGUUUACGCUGAUGAUGAAAGGACCAAGAUAGAUUGUAAGACAAGUGCGGCAGCGAUGGGAAGUGCGUGAGCAUCAAGAAAUUGGACUGUGAUGAACUUGGUGAAAUUUAUUGUGAUAAACUUUUGCGGUUCACUGAAGGCAGUUUCACUUUCAGUGAAUCGUCGAUCAAAAUUUCAGUUUGGCAAACGACUACUCACCCGUCCAUUUUUCCAUCUGCUCUAAACUAGUUUCCGGCAAGCAAACCUUUCCCACCCAGUAGUCGAGUCAUUUACAUUAGGAAAUCAUCGAUCAUCUUUAGCGUUACAGAGCUGAUUGGGCGAUUUGGAAGUUGUUUUUACAAAAUUUCGAAGUGAAAUUCGGUUAGUUCUUAGAGGGGAAAUGUGGAUAUCUGGACCAUCAGAGUUACAACACAUUUGCAAAUUUUUAUACUGUGUCAAAAUAGAGGAGAAGGAUUGGAAAAAUUCAUAAACACAGCAGACAUGAGGAAUAUGUUUUGAGUUUUCCUACACAGAGAUUGAUUCAUUGUAAGGAAUUUCAACAUUAAAGGGAACUGCCUGAGAGAAAUUUAAGGCUAGUGUUUUAUUAUUAUAAAAAUUCAAGAUUAGAAAAUCAUGUUCGCUUGAUAUUGAAAUAGAUUACCAAAAACACCGUUGCUACGCUACAAGUACAAAGUAGUAAAACUUCUGAAUGACUGAGUAAAUAACAAACAACAGGUUAAAGUUAAAUUACUGAAGUAAAUUGAGGGGUUUCGGCGUUGAAACUCUCAUACAGAAAAAUCUACCGGUAUCGAUUACAGGAUUUUUAAAUGACGAAGAAAUUGAUUUCCUGUCACAGUUACAUUUUAUUUCGCAAAUCAAAGUUCAUUCGUUGUAUGAGUAAAAAUUUCAACACCUUCAAGGAAUGCUACUUAAGUUAUUUAGAGGCACUAGUAUUUCUCUGAAUAUUGGCACUUUUGAAGAUAUAUUGAAAAUAAUUCAAACGUCCCAUCGUCAAGUCAUCUACAGUUCUGCAAUGUAUUGCUACAUUAAUGACACACCUUUUUUUUAGAGCUGUUUGCAGCAUGUUAAUUUUUAAAUUGUUGAGCAUGUAUCGGCAGCAACACAUUUUUACCUCAACCGUAAUUUCAGGCAUGAAGAAGAUUUGUAACGGAUAAUUAUUUAUUUAAAUAUGGCCAUAUUUGAAGUUUAUCUUGAAAGAGGAAAGCAACCAAAUCAAAAUUGUCUUAUUAUUUUAAUCAAAGAUAUAACAAGAGAUUUUUAGAAGAAGAAGCAUAUUUGAUAAGAUAUUGGGGAAGCAUAUGUUAUUCCUAGGAUUAGAAUUGGUUGUUGAUUGACCUGAAUAAUAUACAGCAUGAAUAUUAUCAAUGUAACUAAAGUCUUCGUACAAUGUGGAGUUAUCAAGAAUAUGAAGAAGCAUAGGUUCCUAAAAUGUUAUUUCUAGAAAUAUGAAUAGAGAGAAUUGAAGAUUAGAAGAAGAUUGAUAAUGGCCUGUGUUAUAUACGAUGAAGAAAAAAAUACAGUAGCAAGUCUACGUCUUUGAAGAACCAUUCAGAUAUAAAUGUUAUUAAAAGGAAUGAGAUGACGGCUUUCUAAUGAAGAUAUUCAGCGUCAAGUAGAAGAUCUCACCAAAUUAUGUUUUAUGUUCCAACAUUUCCUCUGCUACUUUUCACCUUGUCCAUUUUCCAUUCCUUCCCUUUUCAACAUCAUCCUUUCUUACAUUUCUCACCACCACCUCUAUCCAAAUCAACUUUUUCAUCCUUUUCUUGUGCUAAUGAGUUUUUUUCAGAAUUUACUUAAGUACCUGACAGCCAAAUGAGGAGCGGUGGAUUCUUGCAGAAAUGGUGAAAGCAAUCUCGGCCUUUCACAGCAGCGGAGUCGCAGUCGACUGGUGUCGUCCUGGGACAGCCCUUCGUUUAACGUUGUAAAUAUGUGAAUUAUUGUAUAUGUAUAGCAAGAUUUUUUUUUAUUAUUCUUAAGAUGAAAAAUUAAAAUAUUUUUUAUUGGAUGAA